AUGGCCAUGGCGGACGCAUCACCUGUGAAGCGAGAGCACGAUGAUGACGUGGAAGAUCGGCGGGAUGACGCGAAACGUCAAAACACCCGCGAUACAGAGGAGGUGCGGGCGUUGGAGUCGACGCUGCGGUUCCUGGUGUCGAACAACUUCGCGGGGUCGGUGAUCGGCAAGGCGGGGCAGGUGAUCUCGGAGUUCCAGGUGCAGUCGGGCGCCAAGAUCGUCAUGUCGCGCGCGCACGAGUUCUUCCCCGGCACCGCGGACCGCAUCGUGCUCAUCAGCGGCACCGUCAGCGCCAUCCUCACGGCGCUGCACCUCAUCCUCUCCAAGCUCGCCGACGAUCCGCGGCGCGUGGAGACGGCGCGCGAGGGCGAGCUGGACCUGCUGCGCAUCGUGGUGCCGCACCGCGUGUGCGGCGCCAUCAUCGGCAAAGCUGGCGCCACCAUCCGUGGUGCCCAUACAUCAUCCCACCUGCCUCCCCUUCAUCUUCUACCAUCGCCCGCUCUUCUCUGUUUCGUGUAUCAUCCCCGCGUCUACUCUCUCGCAGCAUCGUCCACUCCCUCGCAUCACCGCUUCCCACCCUCUCCCUCCGCAUCUUCAAGCGAUUGCGCCCUCCCUCCGCAGCAGCACGUCCCACACCGUGAACCGAGAACGGCAGUUGUGCCGCGGCUCCACACUGUCACCCUCACUUUCUCCCCUCCCCCCCCUUGUCCUACGCGCCCCUCAGCCAGCUUCGUGCCAUCCACUAUCCACUCCUCACCCCCCACCGUCUCCCAUCUGCUCUGCUCUCCGUCCCACCCAUCCCAACCCCCGCUCUACCCCUCCGCACCCGGCUCCACCCUCCUCCUGCCCGUGCCCUCUCACCUCGCAUGUCAUGUCACCACGCCCUGCCACGUGGACCCGACGCCAUCACGCCGCUCCCAAAUGGCUGCCUCCCUCACCUCGUGCGCGCCAUGGCGCCAUGCCGUCGCGGACCAUCGGGGGCGGCUGGCCGUUGCUGGGCGCAGGUCGUUCGUGGAGGACUCGCAGGCGACCAUCAAGCUGUCGUCGCAGGACACUGCUGGCCCAGGGUUCGCAGAGAGGCUGAUCACGAUAGGGGGCACGCUGGAGCAGAAGCUGCGCGCGGUGGCGCUGCUGCUCACCAAGAUGUCUGAAGACCCCACCUACGUGCAGUACGCUGACGUGCCGCUCUCCUACACCGGUGAGCCACGUGCCCCGCUCCUACGUGGAUACAUAUCUCCUCCACGUGUCUCUAUCCUUCCCGCGCUCACUCACGUAUUCCCUUCUGUUCCUCCCGUAUCCAUCCUUGCCUCUCUCCCCCCGCGCCUCACUGUGCAUCCCCCACCAGCGGCGGGCGGGUCAUCUCAGCCGCCUCCCCCUCCGCCCGCGGCAGCGGGAGGGGGCAGGCACGAGGGCAGGAGCAGCGGGUUUUCGGAAGGAGGACGGGGCAGGGAGGGCGGGUACGGGGGCGGAGGGGGGUACAACGAUGGGUACGGGGCGAGGGGGGCCAGCGGGUUCAGUGGCGGCUAUGGCGGUGGUCCUGGGUACGGGGGCGGAGGUGGGGGCAGGGGUGGGGGCGGAGGCUAUGGGGGAGGGGACAGAUAUGGAGGAGGGGGGGCCGGAGGCGGGGGUUUUGGAGCUCCCUAUGCGGCGCCCAGGGGACUUCCUCCGUACCUUUCGGACCCGCGUGGCAAGGUGGGCGUGCUGUGGCAAGGUGGGCGUGCUGUGGCAAGGUGGGCGUGCUGUGUCACUGCGUGGGGCCACUGUGAUGCCCCUGUUGCCCUGCUCUGCCUGCGUGGCCCGCCUCCUCUGCCACCGGGUGGCGGAGUGCCAACGACCAUCAUAGUGGCGGUGCCGGACGACCAUGUGGGCGCUGUUGUGGGCAAGGGCGGCAAGUCACUGCAUGAGAUCCAGCAGUCGGCGGGGGUGCGCAUGCUCAUAUCUGACCGCAACGAUUACGUUGAAGGCACCAGGAACAGGAAGGUGACGAUAACGGGUCCAUCGGAGGGGGUGGUAGCAGCGCAGCACCUGAUCGCGCAGAAGGUGCAGCAGAGCAUCGCCUCUGCCUCGGGGGACCGCCUCCUCUCCGCCCCCGACCGCCUGCCCAGCACUGUCGACCGCCUCCCCCCUGCUCCCCCCAGGGGCUUUGACGCCGGUGCAAGGGGCUUUGACAGCGGUGCGAGGGGGUUUGAUAGUGGUCCGCGGGGGUUUGACAGUGGUGGAGGGCGCGGGGGUGGCGGGGACAGGCUGGCUGCUGUCAUUGUGUUGGUGGGGCUGACUUAUGGUGGCCACCUUUGGUGGGCCAAUUUCAUCCGGAAAUAUUUUUGUUAA